GAGGAGCCCACCACCAUGGCCGCACCAACCCUCCUCCUGCUCCCACUGCUACAAGUAAGCAGCCGCGCCCACCUCGGCCGCGCGCCGCCCAUGCCACCUCUCGCCUCCGCCGCCGCCCACCUCCUCCUCCGCCGCCGCUUGGGCCGCCACCACCUCCUGCUCUCGCCCCCGCCAGCCUCCCACUCCUCCUUCCCCGUCCGCCGCGUCUUCGCUCGCGCCAUGGAAUCCUCCUCCAGCGCCGCCGCCGCCGCCGCGGCGCAGCAGGCAGGUGGCGCUGCUGUGACCGCGGAGGAGUACGAGGAGGUGCUGGGGCGGCUGUCGUCGCUCAUCACGCAGAAGGUGCGGGCGCACACCGGGAACAGGGGCAACCAGUGGGACCUCAUGGAGCGCUACCUCCAGAUUCUGGAGCUGGAGGAGCCGAUCGCGCGGAUGAAGGUGAUCCAUGUCGCGGGGACCAAAGGAAAGGGUUCGACAUGCACAUUCACGGAGUCAAUCCUGCGAUCUUGUGGUUUCCGCACUGGGUUGUUCACCUCACCGCAUUUGAUGGAUGUCCGUGAGCGGUUCCGGCUAGAUGGGGUGGACAUUUCUCAAGAGAAGUUUUUGAAGUACUUCUGGUGGUGCUGGAAUAAACUGAAGGAGAAGACUCAUGACGAUACUCCCAUGCCACCCUAUUUCAGGUUCAUGGCCUUGCUAGCAUUCAAGAUAUUUUCUGCUGAGCAGGUAGAUGUUGCUCUUCUUGAGGUUGGUCUCGGAGGAAAGUUUGAUGCAACUAAUGUGGUUAAAGCACCUGUAGUCUGUGGAAUAUCUUCUCUUGGAUUCGAUCAUAUGGAAAUUCUUGGAAAUACGCUUGGGGAAAUUGCUGGGGAGAAGGCUGGAAUAUUCAAGAAAGGUGUUCCAGCCUAUACUGCUCCACAGCCAGAAGAGGCAAUGGUAGCUCUCAAACAGAGAGCUUUGGAAUUGGGUAUUUCACUCCAAGUCGCUGAUCCUUUGAAGCCGCAUCAGUUAAAAGAUCAACAUCUUGGACUGCAUGGUGAGCACCAAUACAUAAAUGCUGGCCUUGCAGUAGAGCUAGCUAGUACAUGGCUUGAGAAACAAGGACACAUGGACAGAAUUCCACUCAACCGUACUGAUCCCUUGCCAGAUCAGUUCAUUAGAGGAUUGUCAAGCGCUUCUUUGCAAGGCCGAGCGCAGAUUGUUCCAGAUUCACAAGUAAAUUCAGAAGAGAAGGACCCACAUUGUCCUUUAGUAUUCUAUUUGGAUGGAGCGCACAGCCCUGAAAGUAUGGAAAUAUGUGCUCGGUGGUUUUCCCAUGUUACCAAGGAGGAUAAAAGCAUACAGUCUUCUAUGGAGCAGCCUCAGUCGGGUCGCAACACUCGAAAGAUUCUUCUAUUCAAUUGCAUGUCUGUGAGAGAUCCUAUGAGAUUGCUUCCACAUCUUGUGGAUACUGCAACACAAAAUGGGGCCCACUUUGAUCUGGCUCUAUUUGUGCCAAACCAAUCACAAUACAACAAGCUUGGUUCUAAUGCAUCAGCGCCUGCAGAGCCUGAGCAAAUUGAUUUGUCAUGGCAACUAUCGCUCCAAACAGUAUGGGAGAAAUUACUUCAUGGUGAUAAAGGUUUAAAUAGCACGGAUUCCAGUGAGACUAGCCUAGUUUUUGAAUCACUUCCACUAGCAAUCGAGUGGCUAAGGAAAAGUGCCCAAGAAGAUCCAUCUACUACUUAUCAGGUCCUGGUUACUGGCUCCCUGCAUCUCAUUGGUGACGUAUUGAGGUUGCUGAAGAAGUGAUAUUAUUUUCGGAACACUAGACAGUUUGAGCUUCACAUAUAACUUACUGAUCAUGUGACCACAAGCUGGGGCUCUUUGUGAUUUAUCUUUGAGAUCUUCCAACGGCAACCACAUUGUUAAAGAAAUCCAGCAAUGUCAAGGGCCUUUGGUUUCGAUACAAAUUAAGUAGCAAGAUUGUUAUGUUUCUUUUGUUAGAGGAGCUUGUUGUAUUCUUGUUUUGUGUUUUCUGGCCAGUGUUAGCCAUUUUAUACCUAACUUUGUAUCCUAGAAAUGGGUUAUGCCCACUGUUAAACUCAGAAUUCAGGACGCAACUAAGAUAUGAAUAAGAUGACGACGACAGCGGUAUUGAUCAUGUCAUUUUUCUUA